UAUGUCGAGGCAGAUUCUUGAGAGGUCAAGUUGAAUCUUGUAGAAACGUCUGUUCUAUUCCGUAUUUCCCGAAACCAAGCAGGCUGGUGUGUUUUAGUUUGGCAGGGACAAGUGCUGACAUACCUCGAGUCCGUCCACCUGAGGCCAAUCCGUACUCCGCCGCACUGUUAGUUCUGUCGACUCACCAAUUUGGGAGGCGAAGCCUGACGCUUGCGCCUUGACAUCUUUGUUAGGCAGUCGCAUUUCUGUCCCAUUGUAAAUAUCUGCUGAAAUGUCCCUUAGAGAAAAGAGAUGGUGUAUGUGUCUUCUAUUGCGUCUUCAAGCUUCAAGUAGUUGGCCGAACCCACACAUCGAGCUACCGUUGACGUUCAACAACAGCGCCAACAACAGCGAUCACCACAACAACCACCAGCCAUCAACACCCACCAAUAUCAAACACCACAGCCAAACUUCCCAAAAUUUUCCAAAGAAAACCAGCAAAGAGCCCAUUUUUCCCUACCAAGAAAGGAAAUCCGACAUAAUGCCAAUCGCAGACCUCAUCCCCGCGGCUCUCAAGCCCAAACCCCCCAAGCGCGCCGCCCCUAAACCCCAAAAAACAUCAUAUACCUCCAACGAAGUCCCCAUCCCGCCCGACUUCCUCUCCGUCCCCCUCCCGGCCUCCGCGCCCGCCGUGACUCUCCAAAAACUAGACUGGUCCAAGACCGCCCUGCCCGAAAACGGGCCCUUGUAUGCCGUCGUCCUAGACAACGUCCUCACCCCGGACGAAUGCGCACAACUCCUCCGCAUGGCCGAGGCUUCGGCCACAGAUCGCGGCCCGGACCCGGACAAAGACGAGCCGUGGCGGCCGGCCAUGGUGAAUAUGGGUCCCGGAUGGGAGAUCUUGGAGCCCGAGUACCGCAACAGCGAUCGGAUUAUCUGGGACCAGCAGGAGGUUGUCGAUCGGUUGUGGGGACGGUGUAGGCUUGCGCCUGGGUUAGAGGAGCAGUUGGCUGGGAUUGAGGGGGUGAGGAGGCCUGGGAAGGGGUUUGAGACGAGUUGGGUGUUUAAGAGGUUCAAUAAGCGGAUGAGGUUUUUGAAGUAUCAAAAGGGACAGUUCUUCAGGCGUGAGUUAUCACCCCCUCCCCCCUUGAUUUUGUUAUCACGGGUUGCUGACUUUGAUAUAGCGCAUUGCGACGGGCCCUAUGGCGAAGAAGCGGAGGAUGGAACAGUGUUGCGAACGCAUUAUACCGUUCAUCUUUACCUCAACGACUCUGUCGCUGAGGCGGGCAAGGAUAUUGGUGCCGAUUUGGUUGGCGGCGCGACGUCGUUUUUGUCCGGGGAUGAGAAGAGGAAAGUUGAUGUUGAUCCCAAGGCGGGGCGGGUGCUCAUCUUUCAGCAUAGUCGGCUUUAUCACUCUGGCGAUGAUGUUGUCAAGGGGACAAAGUAUACGAUGAGGACCGAUAUUUUAUAUGAGUUGAUCAAGACGAAGAUUGAGGAUGAGGCGGAGGGGGAUGAGGCCAUGGCGGCUUGAGAGUUGUCAGCUGCUCUGUAUGCUCGAGAGGAUUCGAAGGGAACUACGAGACUCUGAGCUGGACUUAUUUCGAGUAGUGAUUUAUCAGUUAGCAAUACCAAUGGCGUUUAUCCUUCACACAUUCCAGCCCAAGAUGAGCAAGAUAGAUGUCACUGAUGUCGGAGUUUUCACGAGUCUCAACAACUACCUACGCAUGGGCCUCUAUGUCUUGGCUCGUAUCCGUGGGUCGCAGCAAGCUUCGGGG